AUGUCGAACGUCAACGCUUCGCAGACCGUCGCGAGGAUCUCGGCGCUGGCUUCGGCCGCCGUCGUCUCGGUCAGCCCGGCGGGCCAGGCCAAGUCGCCCUUCUCUGACGCCGUUGGCGCCGUGGCGUCGUCGCACCCGGACCUCGAGGUCGAGCAGGUCUCGCAGAACGCCGAGCUGGGCUCGAUUCUCUCCCAGCUCAAGCCGGCUGGCAAUGGCCUCAUCUCGGUCCUCUCGGUGGCCCACCAGCAGACCCUCACGAGGCUCGUCCCCCACCUCUCGACGCUCGUCCAGAUCCCCAUCGUCUUCCACAUUGCCAGCUCUGGCGAACACAGCGACGUCAUGGCGCUUAGGCAGGCCGGCCUCGUCAUGGUGCACUCGUCGACCGCUGUCCAGGCCCACGAUCACGCGCUUCUGGCGACAAAGAUUGCCACCUCGGCAAAGCGCGCCGUCCUUCACUUCUACGAGGACGUCGACGGCGACGUCGAGGAGGUGACCGAGGCCGACCUCGCCGCCUUUGUUGGCCAGUCGGCCACCGCCUCGUCGUCCGACGGCAAGGCCAACGGCGUCAACGGCGUCAACGGCCACGCCAACGGCCACACGGCCACCAACGCCGUCAAUGGACACGCCGCGGCCCACGCCACCAGUGAGGCCGAGUUUGGCGACCUCGAGACUGCCAUUGAUGUCGCUUACGAGGACGUCGCUGGCCUUGUCGGGCACGCCGUCGAGCCCUUCCAGCUGGUCGGUGCUUCCGAUGCGAAGAACCUCGCCGUCGUGCUGGGCGCCGGGUCCGAGCAGCUCCAGGACUACACGUCGCCCCACUUUGACCUCGCAGUGCUCGAUGUCCGCCUUGUGCGCCCGUCACUCCCCCAGCGAUUGCUCGCCAACAUCCCGCCCUCGGUCGAGCGCAUCGCCGUCCUCGAGCAGAGCGUCCGAAGGACCACCCGCCUCGGCCCGCUCUUUGUCGACGUCGCGAGCGCCUUCCAGGGUUCGGACCGCAGCCUGCCCUCGGUCUUUGUCAGCGGCGUCCUCGGUCUGAUCGAGGCCGCCGACGCGGAAAAGGCGGCCCAGGCUGUCGUCUCGGCCCUCGAGUCGGCCAAGCCCAAGCACGGUGUCGUCGUCGGCGACGACAAGAAGCUCGCCGCGCGCGCCCAGCUCUCCUCGGCCGCCAGCAGCGCCCCCGUCUCGGUCCCCAAGCACGAGGAGGCCUACAACCUCAUGCUCGAGCAGGUCUUCAACGAGCGCCUCUCGGUCAUCAACUCGCCCAGCGACGAGUCGGACCCGCACCCGUCCGCCCGUAGCCCCGAGUACGCGUUUGGACAGGUGCUUGCUCAGCUCGAGCAGCGCGACGAGCUCACCGCCGCCGUCAACGAGGCGCUCCGCUCCGGUGGCCUCUCGUCGGAGCUCCACGAGACGCUGGCCCAGUGGCUCGUCUCCAAGGAGGACGCCAAGAAGAACGUCUCGCUGAGCAACAAGCUCGCCUCGCUCCUCGAGUCGGCCGCCUCGAGCGCCGCGCUGGACAAGAUCAAGUCGCUCUCGUCGCACCUCGCCCUCCAGAGCCGCUGGAUCGUCGGCAGCGACGCCUGGGCCUACGACGCCGGAAUGGGCGGCGUCCACCACGUCAUCGCCUCUGGCCGCAACGUCAACAUGCUCAUCUUUGACAGCGUGCCGUACACCAAGCGCGACGCCCAGGCGGCCCACAAGCGCAAGAAGGACAUUGCGCUGUACGCCAUGAACUACGGCAACGUCUACGUCGCCAGCACCGCCGUCUACGCCGACUACACCCAGGUCCUCCACGCCCUCAUGGAGGCCGACCGCUUCGACGGACCGUCGGUCGUCCUCGCCUACGUCCCCUACCGCACCGUCGACGCGCCCGCGCUCGACGUGCUGCGCGAGACCAAGCUCGCCGUCGACUCGGGCUACUGGCCCCUCUUCCGCUGGGACCCCAGCGCCGAGUCGCGCGGCUCCGACAUUUUCCGCCUCGACGGCGUGCGCAUCCGCGAGCAGCUGCAGCAGUUCCUCGACCGGCACAACCUCUUCACCAGCCUCGUCAACGCCAAGCCGGCGCUCUCGUACGACCUGGCCGCCUCUCAGGGCGCCGGCCUGCGCGAGGCCCAGCGUCGCAAGGCCAAGGAGGCCUACGAGAAGAUGCUUGGCUCGCUCGACGGCCCGCCGCUACUGAUCCUUUUCGCCUCGGACGGCGGCAACGCCGAAAAGAUGGCCAAGAAGCUCACGGCGCGCGCCAAGGCCCGCGGCGUCGCCGCACGCCUGCUGGCCAUGGACGACUACCCCGUGACCGAGGAGCUCAAGGACGAGAAGAACGUUGUCUUCCUCACCUCGACGGCCGGACAGGGCGAGGCGCCGCAGAACGCGCGCUUCACCUACAAGGCGGUCCACGCGAUGCAGGCCGGCGCGCUGCCCGACACGCUCAACUUUACCGUCUUCGGCAUGGGCGACUCGCACUACUGGCCUCGCCCCGAGGACGCUCACUACUACAACAAGCCCGCCAAGGACUUUGACGUCAAGCUCGAGGCGCUCGGCGCGACUCGCAUGGCUCCCAUCGGUCUCGGAGACGACCAGGAUGCCGACGGCGCGCAGACCGGCUACAAGAUCUGGGAGCCGCUGCUGUGGAAGGCGCUCGGCGUCGACACCGUCGAGGUCACCGAGGCCGAGCCGGAGCCCAUCACCAACGAGCACAUGAAGAUCGCGUCCAACUACCUGCGCGGCACCAUCAAGGAGGGCCUGCUCGACACAUCGACGGGCGCCAUCGCCGAGUCCGACGGGCAGCUGACCAAGUUCCACGGCACCUACAUGCAGUACGACCGCGACACGCUCGAGGAGCGCAAGGCCGCCGGCCUCGAGCCCGCCUACAGCUUCAUGAUCCGCGCGCGCAUCCCCGGCGGUGUCUGCACGCCGCAGCAGUGGCUGCAGCUCGACGACGUGGCGGAAAAGUACGGCAACCAGACGAUCAAGAUCACGACGCGCCAGACGAUCCAGUACCACUGCAUCGUCAAGAGCAACCUCAAGGCGGCCAUGCAGGGCAUCAACAAGAGCAUGCUCGACACCAUCGCCGCCUGCGGCGACGUCAACCGCAACGUCAUGUGCAGCCCCAACCCGGCCCUCAGCGAGCUGCACGAGGACGUCUACGCCUUUUCCAAGUCGAUCUCGGAGCACCUGCUGCCCCGCAUGAACGCCUACCACGAAAUCUGGCUCGACAAGACGACCGACAGUUCCAAGCAGCUCCUGAUUGGCGGCGUUCUGCAGGACUAUGAGCCCCUCUACGGCCCCUACUACCUGCCGCGCAAGUUCAAGAUUGCUAUCGCCGUGCCCCCGCGCAACGACACCGACUGCUUCGCCCACGACAUCGGCCUCAUCGCCAUCGCCGACCCCGUCACCAAGCGCCUCGCCGGCUUCAACCUGAGCGUCGGCGGCGGCAUGGGCGUCACCCACUCGAUGAAGGCCACCUACCCGCGCAUCGGCGACGUCAUUGGCUUCGUCACGCCUGAGCAGACCCACGACGCGUGCCGCAUCGUCAUGCUCAUCCAGCGCGACACGGGCAACCGGGCCAACCGUAAGCAGGCGCGCCUUAAGUACACGAUCGACAACUACUGGGGCGGCGCCGACAACUUCAAGGCCGAGGUCGAGCGCAGGCUGGGCUACAAGCUGGCGCCGGCGCGCGACUACCGCUUCGAGACCAACACCGACGACUACGGCUGGUCGCAGGACUACAAGGGCAACUGGCACUGCACCCUCUGGCUCGAAAACGGCCGUGUCAAGGACGAGCCGGGCAACCCGUUCCGCACCGGCCUCCGCGAGCUUUGCCACUUGCACAAGGGCAACUUCCGCAUGACGCCCAACCAGCACAUCAUCGUGAGCGACAUUGCGCCCGAGGAUAAGGACGCCAUCGACGCCCACCUGCGCAAGUACAAGAUGAACAACUGGGAGCACUCGGGCGUCAAGAAGAGCGCCAGCGCGUGCGUGUCGUUCCCCACGUGCGGCCUCGCCAUGGCCGAGUCGGAGCGCUACCUGCCCGUGCUGAUGGACAAGGUCGAGCAGAUCUUUAUCGCCAACGGCCUCCGCGACUCCGAGACCGUCUUCCGCAUGAGCGGCUGCGCCAACUCGUGCAGCCGUGCCUGGAUGGCCGAGGUGGGCUUCGUCGGCAAGGCGCCCGGCCAGUACGUCAUGGUCCUCGGCGGCUCGCACUCGGGCGAGCGCCUGUCCAAGAUCUACCGCGAGUCGGUCAACGAGGAAGAGGUGCUGGCCAUCAUGAACAAGCUCGUGCCCCGCUACGCCGCCGAAAAGAUCGACGGCGAGAGCUUCGGCGACUGGGUCAUCCGCGCUGGCAUCAUCGCCGCCACCAAGUCGGGCAAGACGUUCUACGAGGACAUGUGCCCCUCGGACGACUCGACGCCCACCGCAGCUGCGCUCAAGGGUCCGGCGCAGGCCGUCGAGCACUACGACCGCGCCUCGUCGGCGUGA